AGAUUUUUAACGGUCUUUUCACCGAGGACUCUCCGUCUGCAAGAUCUCCGUUGAUCUUAAUCCCCAGCGAGGCACAAGAGAUUUGCUGGUGUGUGUCCUUCUUUCCUUUGGACUAGCACUGGAAGGUACUGCAAGAAACAAAUCGCGCAAUGGCUCAAAACAAGGACGACUACUGCCUCGAGUGCCAUUGGGAGGGAUUCCGCCUCGACGGCAAAGAGUCUAACGACACAUCGGACCCCAAGGAGAAAGAGCCGUCUGACCCUGUCUGCCCCGGAGAGGAACACCACACCUUGUCCCGGUGCGAGGCGGAUGCGGAUGUGGACGAGACAUGCUGCGAGGCGGAUGACUGUGCCGAUAACUGUUCCAUCACUUGUCCGUCAGUAUGCGAUGGUUUCGUCGAUUGUGAUCAGUCCGAUGCGUGUUCCGUAUCACAUUGCGACGAUAACUGCGAGAGUGACGAGCCCGUGUGUUUUGAAGACCAUUGCUUCAAUGGAACCGAGAACGAUGCCGACCGUGGCUUGGAAUCGUUCUUAGGGCUGGGAGCCCCCUUGAAUCUGGAGACGAGUGAUCUUCUCUCUUCGACUCUUGGACACAGUCAGCUUGAGCAGCCUAAGACCACAGUCCCUUCCGCUUCGGCUAACUUAGACACCCCUUCUCACCACCCUAAUCCUACCGAUCCUUCCUCCUUCUUUCCCCCAUACUCAUCGACACCAGUGGCUCAUUGCCACCCGCACGUCCCGAAUCACUUCGAUAACUGUCAAUUUCAUCACUCGGUACAUCCUCCGUAUGCUGUACAGAAUGGAGUUAACCCGGCGGAUGUUUUCCACAUGCUGGGCAUGUGCCCGGACCUGUCGAGUUGCCCAAUCCCAGAAGAGCAACACUGUCAACACAAUUACCACCUGAACGAUACAUCGGCCUUCUUUUCAUGCUUUCACACCGACAACAACCAUCUCAACCAUACUAUUCAUGAUAAUAAUGCCAAUGCCAACACCGCCAAUAAUGAUAACAAUUGUCACCGCCACCACCGCCACCAGCCAAAAUCGGUCAAUGCAGGCGAUCAUGCCCCAGCCAAAGGACCCUGUCGUUCUCAUCAUCGCUGUCGCGCCCAUGCUCACGGCCACGCACACCCAUACUCUCCCUACUCACGACAGCCCCGAUCGAGCAUCAGCUCCCAUUUGAUCUCCAGUCCUGGCGAGACCCCUCCGCCACUAGAUGGCGGCGCCUCAUCCGUGAUCACCAGCCCGGACUUCUCUCCUGUGGACCGGGAGGUGAAUGUCUGCAAAUGGACAACCACCCUUCACGGUGUUAAACAUCCUUGCGGUGCUACUUUCGCAGACGCAGGUGCUCUCCAGAAGCAUCUCAUCUCCAGCCACAUGUCCACCGUGGAUGGAGCUAAGGGUAAUGGGUACUAUUGUUGCUGGGAAGGAUGCCACCGACCGCACGAGCCAUUUUCGCAAAAGUCGAAACUUCAGGGACACUUUUUGACACAUAGCAAUUAUAAAAACUUCAAAUGCAUCGUCUGCGGCAAGGUAUUCGCCCGACAAGCCACUCUGGACCGACACGAACGAAGCCACCGAGGCGAGAAACCGUACAAGUGUACAGAUUGUGGAAAGACAUUUACCGAUAGCAGCGAACUGAAAACCCACUCGCGGACACAUACGGGCGAAAAGCCAUUCAGGUGCACCUAUCCUGGAUGUAACUUCCAGACUGGCGAUUCUUCGAACAUGUCAAGCCACCGUCUCACACACGGCGAACGACGGCACAAAUGUCACUUCCUUGGGUGUACUAAGAGCUUUACACGACCUGAUCAACUGAAGCGACACAUAAAAUCGACGCACAAAGAAGAAAUGCCAUCUUUUUCCACAUCACCCGAGACUGAAGAGUUCGCGCUUUCGUACGGGAUAAUCGCUUAGUUGGUAUACGAUGCACACUAAUGAGGGUUCGGCGUUCCGGCUUCUAAAAUCUGCAACCUGGUCCAUGAUUAUGAUACUUAUUGAAUAUC